CAACUUCUGUUUACUUCUUGCUGAGAAGUGAACUUGUAAUCGUAUGUUGUGAUCAAAGUAAUUUAUUUAAAAUUAUGCUCUGUCACCAGAUUACUGUUUUCAUUCUUAUAUUUUGUAUAGUUCGAAAGACUAAGACUGAUUCUUUUCAGAUGCAAGUUUUAGAAGCCCGACAACUGUACCCAUUUCGAGGUUAUAAAGAUGUACAAAUGUUCCAUUAUAUAGUUCCACCUGAAGUUGCAUUUGCUUCCUUUCAGUAUAAAGCCAAUGGUAGUUUUCAGUGCCCACCUAAAAGAAUUGCUGUCUACUUACAGUAUGGGAGCUUUCCAGUUAUGACGCUGCAGAAUGCAUCAUACCCAGAUUUUUUUUCUGUUCGUCGAAUGCAUCUCCAUAACGUUACUUUGAUGUCUGAUAUGGUACCUUUGACUGUCAAUGUAUCUAAUCCACUUCCUGGAAACUGGUAUGCUGCUGCAUUUCUUCUUGAAAAUACUGAAAGGAUAGCUCAGAAGGGUCUUUUCAAAUCAUGUUUGAGUUGGCUUUCAUCAACGUUGAAGCUAAAUAUCGUUACAAAUGUUAUUAGUUUGCUUCAAAAUGAAAAGCUUAAGCAGAACAUAUCUGGAAGUCAAAUAUACAGGUUUUUUGCCCUAAAGAAUAGUUGGAUAACCAGCAUUGAAUUAAAGAAUUGUCUUUCUAGUGGCAGAUGCUCUGUUAUGAUGAUGUUUCGUAGAUUAGGAAUGCCUACAUUUACUGCAGAAUCUGAUUCAUUUAUUGCUUGCAAUGAUACAAGUCCAUGUAUAUUAAAAGUUAUCCCUGCUGUUAGUCAUUGGAAUUAUAUAUAUAUACAGAACAAAGAAGGGGAACCUUUGCAGUUUGACCUGGUUAUUCAUACCCAAGAGUGCCAAGAUUCUUCAUCUCUGAAUGAUAUUUCAGAAGCAGUGGAAGUUGAAAGUGAUGGGUUGACAUACUUUGACACCAAAUAUGAAACAAACUUUACUUCUGAAAACUCAUCCUGUUGGCCACGUAUUCCUUUAAUACGUAUUUCUCUACCAACAAACUUGGCAUAUGAAUAUAAUCUUCCUCCUGAUAAAGAUGAUUCUUAUCCUGUUAUAUUAAAUGUAUCAAACACUCAGUAUACACUUACAGACUUUGAAGUUCUACCUAUUGUUGAUAUUGGAGGAACUUUGGUCAUAGAAUUAGCUGUAUCACCUUUCAUGAACCUUUCACAUUACAAUGUAUCUGUAUCUGGUUGCCUGUCCUAUGGUGUACGACCAAGCUCUGAAGAUGUUAACUGUUCCAGUGGAAUAUCACUAAAUGUGAAUACAUCAUCAUGGGAUAAUCGCUUUGCUACAAGAUUUGUGCCAUAUCCAGAAGCAGGAACUUGGUAUUUUCGUCUUAACACUAAAUGUUACAUUAUGAAUGACACAAAUGAUAGCAUCGCAUGUGAUUUGCCCAAAACACCAGUAUUUCUUAGAAUAAGAUCUACACCAUGUGUUCUUGGACAUUGCGGUAAUUAUGGAACUUGCUAUCAGUAUGUGAGUGGUGGUCUCAUUUUUAGCACUUGCAAUUGCAUUGCUG